AUGGACCUAGCUGAACCAUUUGUCAUAACAGAGAACCAGAAUCUAUAUAUUUUUGUGGUUGUGGAUGUCGCAACAUGUUACAUUAUUGCACAACCACUACUAAACAAACAGAGUGAUAGUGUCACAAAGACACUGAUGAGUAUAUUUAGAGAUUAUGGGAUUGUGAUUGUUGGGCAUUUUAUACAGUCUGAUAAUAGCCACCAAUUUUGUAAUGACAUUACUGACGCAAGUGUAAGGUUGAUUACCAACACUCUUCGGAAGUUAUCUGGUCAGGAUUUUAGAAAUUGGGAUGAAAUAUUACCUACUAUACAAUUGUGUUGCAACAUGAAAGUGCGACCCAGAUCAGAGUCUAGUUCUUUUUUCUUGAUGUUUGCACGCAAGAUGAAUUGGAUUGGAGACUACUCUCAAGAAGGAGUAACGGAUAAAACAGUGUGUUGA